CGAUUCUUUUGGUAUGCCCAUUUCGGGAUUUCUUCUCCAGUCGAGCCCAACACAAUGCAAGCUGCGAUUCAGCUGCUUCAACUGCUUUUGUUGGCGCUACCUGCAGUUGUCAAAGCCGAGGGCUGCGUCACGAAAGCCUGUACUCUCGACUGCCAGCCAGGUGAGACUUGCGCGCUGCAAAUGGUGGAUUGCAUCCGCGCUCCGUGUCCGCCAAUUCAAGCGUGCGUCGGUAAGACCAGCAAUCCCAACAAGGGUGCCGAGGGUUCGCUAAAAUGUACUAUGGAAUGCGGAGACUUCCAGGAAUGCCGUAUCUACGAGCCGGAUGGCAGUGACUACUGCGCCGACGUGUGCGCUGAGGGUCGUUGUCCCAAAGGAUCUAUCUGCGAGCUCCAAGAAGUGCAGUGUAUCAGGGCACCAUGCCCACCUAUGGCGACGUGCAACAAGUAAGCUUACUCAAAGUGACCAAGUGCUCCUUAAGAAGAAAAGCGCGGUAAACAAUACACGUUUGCAUGUCGAAG